AGAAACCAGUCACCAAAUAAUACACGGACCUUCGAACCGGAAGCAAAUUUGUGGGGGUCAUGGAAACUUUGAAACGUUUUCUGUCGGAUGCACGCAUGUAAACAGAAGCUCUUGUUUAGUUGGUGUAAGACCAACAACAGGUCAUGCAUGCCUCUCAAGGGGGUACGAAUUUGAAACAUUAGUAUUGCAGUAAAUUAUUGAGCAAAAAUGUCUAUGGAAGAUCCGUUUUUCGUCGUCAAAUGUGAGGUCCAGAAGGCGGUGAACACUGCCCAAGGGCUGUACCAGAGAUGGAGCGAGCUGCUACAGGAUCCCAGUGGUACUUCCAAGGAGGAGGUGGACUGGACCACAAAUGAGUUGAGAAACAGUCUGCGGUCCAUCGAAUGGGACCUGGAGGAUCUCGAUGAGACGAUCAGUAUUGUUGAAUCAAACCCUAAGAAGUUCAAUCUGGACACAGUGGAGCUGACCAAACGGAAAGGCUUCAUCACAAGCACUAGACAAACUGUUAAGGAAAUGAAAGACCACAUGUCCAGUCCAACAGCCUUAGCCAUGUCAGACAAGAAAAAUAGACAGGCUCUGUUAGGGAACAGUGGGUCUCAAGGCCCAAUCUGGCAACCAGGACCUGACAAAUACACCCGUCUGGACCAAGAGCUACGUACGGCCAACUCCAUGUUCAUUGAUGAGCAGCAAACCCAGCAGCAGCUCAUGGCAGAGCAGCAGGAUGACCAGCUGGAGCUGGUGUCUGGGACCAUCGGGCUGCUAAAGAACAUGUCUGAGAGGAUUGGUAUGGAGCUGGAUGAACAGACCGUGAUGCUAGAUGACUUCUCCAAUGAGAUGGAAGGUACCCACUCCAGACUAGACAAUGUCAUGAAGAAGCUGGCCAAGGUCUCCAACAUGACCACCGGGAAUGUCAGACGACCUGGAGUCAUAAAGGGUCACGGCUGGAGAGGAAGGAAACGUACCCCCCCACACCCCAUCAAAUGGUUGCACCACCUUAUAAGGAAACACCCUCAGGAAGCUUUCAACAGGAAGAACUCAGGAGACAGGGAGUCAAAUGAAAUCUGGCCGUUUUUUUGUCAGGAUAUCCUGCCGGUUCUUUCCCCCCAGCCCCUAGACAAUGUGCCUGCCGGUACUUUCCCCCCGGCCCCUAGACAAUGUUCUUAGGGUUUUAUAUAGUAUUAUUCCCCUGCUAUUUUUUCCCCCCUUUGCAACAUGCCACUCCAGUUGCAACUUUAAAAUAUGAUUGAUUCAGGUUGAAAGACACGAUAUCCUUCAUAGAACAUAAAUUCCUCACAAUUGUAUGUAUUUGGACCUUUCAUGCCUUAAUAUGUCUGAAAUAAUUGUGUUAUUUAUUUUUACAUUUAAAAAAAAAACUGUAGAUCAAUUGCUCCUCACGUUGUUUGAUACAGUUCACCCUCUCUUUCUCUCUUCCCUUCUCUUGCAGACCGCCGACAGUGGUGUGCUAUCGGCAUUCUACUGGCCAUUCUGUUUGUGGUCAUCAUGCUCCUCUUAAUCCUAUGAUGACCGUCCACCACCACAACAACAGCCCUGUCUCCGUUUGACCAUAGGGAUGGACUUUACAUGGGGCUUGGGAAAACAUCAAGGUUUCCAUUGACAUAGGGAAAUGGCUAUCUACCCCAACCCUCUUUUUACUACAUACUGCUGAAUAUACAGCGAUUCUUCCGUAGCUGGUGCAAGUUUCUGCUCAAGCAACAUUCUCAGUUGUCAUUUUAGCACUAAACUUAAACCUUCAUUGGCAUCUCUAUGUAGGAUUUGGCCCUAUGUGAAUACUAGGCCACAAAAUAUUUUCCGGAAACCCAUUUGAGGUAAACCAGGGUGUAACCAGGGUCGUUGCAUACUCCUUGUGACAUUUUAGUGUUAAUAUUCAGAGAAUAAUGUAUGAAGAAGACUCCACUCCGCUUAUCUAAUCGUUAGUGUUUUUAUUUGAAAGGGGCUUGUCUAUCGUUUCUCGCUGGAAAAACCCCUACGGUUACCCGAUGCACUGUUGGCAUAAAACGUUUAUAUGUAUAUAUUAAACUAUAUAUAAUCUUAAUUGAAACAAAACACUGGAGUUCCCUAACAAGGAAAAUAAUAUAUAUUGCUAAGCGGGUAUACAUAUUACUAACCACACUAAAAUGGUUCACCUUAAUGUGUUAUUAUAUAUUUUUCUUAAUCUGUGUUCUUUCUUUUUGUAUGUGUGUAUUUUGGCGUGUAGGCUUAUACACGAUCAACAGGUGUUUAACACUCGCCUGCAAGAUCAAGUCGCUGCCUGCAAUACUGAACGUAGUGGAGCUUAUCCAUAGACAUCUGGAACAGGCCUCAAUCCUGAAUUUAUGUGUCUACCAUGAGCAGUCUUAUCUUGUACGUAAAGUGGCAUGAUCUAGAAGUCCUUCUACCACAUGUCUAUAUGUUUGGUAUCUUUCAGUCCGACAACAUUUCACCAUGAGGGUCAUUCUAAAGACUAUAUGCUUAUGAACAGUGUGUGACACACCCCCAGGUGUACUUGAAUCUAGCAUGUCAACAGAUCUAAAGUUGUUUAUCUCAGCGACUAAGGGUCAUGCAUUUGUUUUGGAAUGUGGUUAUGUGGUUUUUACAAGGCCUUUAUACCAAAGGCUGGUGUUUAAAAAAAAAAAACACUAAUUGAGAAGCCUGACCUGUGUUGUGGUUUAUCAGUGUUACAGGAACCCUGUUGUAAAAAUGAUUAAUGGGGGAAAUCAUUUGACUGUCAUGCCUGGAUCGUAUUCAUUAGGGUACUCCAUAGCAAAACAUUUUGCAACAGACUUCUGUUUGGUGCUUAAUGAAUACAGCCCUGGGUGUUGCAAUAAGACAGACUGAGAACAGAGAUCUGCAUAGCCAGUGCUGAUACUGUAGUAGGCUGAUGCUCUAUGUUAUGCUAGGGCUGGAAACUUAAUUUUGAUCUUGCUUCCCUGUACCUCGCCCCUACCUUGGGUUCCAGGAUAAAUUGUAAAUUGAGGGUUGAAUGAAUCUGCUAUGUGUGUUCCUAUACAGUUCAAGGAGAAUGAUACUGUUAUGUUAGUUAUCGUGGAAACCUGGCAUAGGCCUCAACUCAUUUGAGGACUUGAUAUGAAUGUAAUACAUUAAUUGACUGUAUUUUAGGUUGUACCACCUCAACCCACAAGUGACAGUAAAUCAAGACAGUCAAAUAAUGCAAUACACCAGAAUGAUCAUGUGAUGGUACUACUAUAUGAAAUAUAAUGGACACUAGUGAUCAAAUCUGAGUUCUGAAAACACUCCAGUCUUCUUUCAAAGGUUUUAUGAAGUUAGAAAGAAAUAUUGUAUGUCAAUUGUUUUUAUUAGUUGUUUAUUUAUUAUUUCAUGACGGUUAGUUAACUCAAGUUUACUGUAAUAGGAAUACAGUAUUGCAUUUAUAGUGUAUAUGACAUCAUUAGGUAGAAAACAUUUACUAACAUUUCUUUGUUUUCUUUUGGUCUCCUUUCUUUUUUUCUUUAAAUGGUAUCUUUUAAGCGUCCACACAUUUUCAGCAGUGUUAUAUCUGGUAGAAAGGGUGUGACUUGGUUGAAAAUAUUGGCAUUGAUUUCAGAUUAUGGAUAUUUUGAAAGAAUGACAAUGACCCAGACAAUGAUGUACCAUCUCAAAAUCACUUGUCAGUCACAAUUUUGAAUUUAUUGAAGUUGCAAGUAAUUGUGAUGCUGUAUUACGAUACAAAGUACCCUAAGUAUUAAAUACUGUACUUAAUGCACAGCAAAGUCACUGGUGAUAGGUGGAUGAGACCUAUUUGGUGUAUGUGAUAAUAAAUAGUACUGUUUGUGGAGAAUGGGUACAGUUCAUGACAUUGGAAGUCAUGAUUAGUGUUUGAUUGGAUUAAACAACUGUGUUCCCAUAGAGGAGGAGGCGAAGCGAGAUGUUUCACUCGCCAAAAUCUGAUUUAAGCUUGUCGCCCGCCUUUGGGACAACGACUGCCAUUUUUAGGGCAGAGACAUAAGCAUGAUCUCGUCAUCAUAUCAGAUGUCUGGUGUUCCUCUUGUUUGUGUAGUCAUGCAUCUGGAAUGUAUAAAAAUGCUUUUUACCCUUGAACUUUGACCUCAUGUCAUCGUAUCAUGGCUGUGUGUCUGUCCUGAAAAUAAAACAGCAAGCAGGAUGCUGCGAAGAUUCA